AUCGUGCCCAUCUGAUGAGAAUAUCUCACGGCUCCCCCACACAUCAGAUUAACAGUCCGUACUCAGUGCUACUCAUAUAGUCAUACAGUACAGUAGACACAACGAGCGCAGCAUGUCAGUUCUCAGUGUCAAUACCUCCCCAGCUCACCACUUCAGCAAAGAACCACAAGCGAGCAUAAAGCUCAUCACAGAUCUAGGCAUUGAGGGGGAUAGCCAUCUAGGCACCACCAUGCAACAUCUGUCCCGCAUCAAGAUUAAACCUGCACCGCCAAAUCUCAGGCAGGUCCAUCUGCUACAUGCGGAAUUCUUUGAAGAAGUCGCACAGCGUGGUUUGACUUUAACGCCUGGUGGUAUUGGCGAGAAUGUCACCACACAGGGGAUUGACCUACUCGGUCUAGGUGAAGGCACCUUACUUCAUUUCGUACCAGCUGAUGCAGCGGAUACAAAUGGCAGAGACCAUGCAAUCAUCACAGUGACGGGUCUUAGAAAUCCAUGCCCUCAGAUUGAAAAGUUCCAACCUGGUUUACAAGAAUGUUGCAUUGUGCGUGAUGAUGAGCGUAAGAUUGUUGAACGGAAAUCUGGCAUCAUGGCAACAGUCAAGCGAGGCGGCCUGAUCAAGCCUGGCUACAAGAUUAUUGCUGAAAGACCAGAAACAUAUAUCAAGCUCGAUGUUGUCUAAUUUGCAUCCCACCGGCAUUGUCGAAGAGACUGAUGAAGGGCUUCGAGCAUUGUGAGUCAUGGCAAUCCUCGAGCGUGGCUCGCAGCGUGUACAGCAGAUUCAACACGGUCUACCUGCGCUAUCAGGCUGCUGUGCCGUUGGGC